CUUCUCUUCAAGCACACACCAGUCAAAGGAUUUUUGACAGCAGAAUAACAUUCACGAGCAUUCAGAAUUGUGGUUUUUGUGCGAAACAUUUGCUAUGGUUUCGAUACGUUGAAAAUGUUUACGCUGUCGGUGGUUGAUGUGGCAGCAGCCGGUGGUCAGUGAGAAAUUGUAUCAGGAAACGGUGUGGCUACAAAGAAGUGUUUCCCCUAGCAGAGAGUGGUGGUUGUGAAACGAAACAGUGAUAAAACAGGACUCUAAAAGCUACUACAUCGAGCUGAGUGACACUGCUAGCGCAAGUAUCGACAGUGUCCUCCAGUACGUGAAUCAGCAGCAAAGCGGCGAUUCUAGAGGCAAAAGGACGGAAACCCAACAGUAAGCCAGUAGCAGUAACGCAGGCGGCUGAUACCACCCCCUGUGCCCAACUUUUUCGUUGACACCCCCGUACCAAAAACAGCCUCAAAAUUGAGGAAAUCGAGGAAAUCGUGGAGACCGAGGUUAUCCUCUCUCCUGAUGAGAUGCACCAUGAGGAAUUCGAAAUAACGAUGGUACCUAUGGAAUCGACAACCGUGCUGACGCCCUCCGGUGGAACGGGCACGAUGAAGCGAGAUGUGCGGGACAUGGUGCGAGAGGCCACCUUUCAGACCAAGCUGCUAAUGCAGGAAAACGAAGCCCAAGACUAUCAUUUCCAGCAUGCGUCGAGCGCCGAUGAUACGGAAGGAUCGGACCAGGAGCACACGAUGGGCGACAUGACGUUUAAGACCGAUCCGGAUGGAAACGAUACAAUGAACUCCAGCAACCAAAGCUCAAGCCGAAAACGCCGCGGGAAUCUUCCAAAGCAGUCGGUAAAAAUUUUAAAACGAUGGUUGUACGAACAUCGCUUCAACGCAUACCCGACCGAUGCUGAGAAGCUUACGCUGUCACAGGAAGCCAAUCUGACGGUGUUACAGGUGUGCAAUUGGUUUAUUAACGCGCGGCGGCGUAUAUUGCCGGAAAUGAUUCGUCGUGAUGGGCAUGAUCCAAUGCACUACACCAUCUCUCGGCGGGGCAAGAAGUUAAGCGGUCAGCUAGUGGUGGGGCACGAUGGGCAGAAUCCGCUUACGAUGAGCCCAGCGUCUGAAGUGAUUGUCGGUGCGACGGAGGAGAUCAUCGAGGAGGAGGAGGUGAUCGAGGAUGGCGUACCGCACAUCAUCACCAGCCACGGCCAGCAGUUUGUGCAGACACCAUCCGGAUUGGUGAAAGUGGAAGAAGAUGUAGACUUUGAAGAUCACAUCAUCUAUCGUUCGGACGACAGUAACAUCGAGUAUGAGUACGCGCAAAGCGAAGAAGAGAUGCCAGUCACGGAGCAGGGCGACUGGGACGGCAUAAUCCGUUAUGCCAAUGAGAAGGAUGAAGAAAUUCCUGAAGAAAUUACGGAAGAGGAAGUCAUUGCAUCGGAUGGCGGAGAGAAUGAUUUUUUUACCACGACGUCACACACUAAUCUCGCUAAUAUACCCCUUCAGCAAAAUGCGACCCAUGUUACAGGUGCAGCUCGCCCAACUGUGACGACGACUGCUGCCAAAAUAAUUACAUCUACACCAGUACCAUCAGGCAUGCAGCGAGUGAUUAUCGGCCAGUCGAACGUUAUCACGACACAGGGCGGUACGCUGAAACUUGGCGACAACUUGACAGCCGUCCCGUUACAAGCGGCCCUGAAGGCGGGCCCCAAGAAGCUGACCGUCGUGACUAGCUCCGGCAAAACGACGACCGUGACCGCAACGCCGUUGAGUGAAUCGAACGCGAAGACGAUAACGGCCACACUAUUACCGAGCGGUAAUAAUGCCAACAACAAUAACAACAAUUCCCAGAACACUAAUCCACAUACGACAACGGCAGUGAAGGUAAAAGGUGUAAUUCGCGACGAUAAGGAUCAGUUCAAGUGUUUAUACUUGCUAGUGGAAACUGCCGUGGCCGUGCGCCAGCGAGAAAAGGAGCAGGAUGAUGUGCACGUUCUGGGCAACUAGAAUGAUGUUUUGUCUGGAUCCGGUAGCUGCAGUGAACACUGGCGAUAGAACAGAUGAAACCUGUCGAAACAAGAGGCACACGAUGCAGCAUUUUGUGGUUUUACCAAGUCAUGAAGUAAUGUAGUCGAUGCGUUGGGUAACAAAUGUAUACCCGCCACCAAUCUGUUUGCAUCGUGAGAAUGUGUGGUUUUACAACGGCAGGUGAUGGCUACGCGAUCGUCGAUGUGGAAGAUAUGUGCUUGCUAUGUUUGGAACGGAGAGGAUUGUAUAUAUGGAUAUCUCUGUGUGCUCCCCCGGUGUGAUUGGUAGAAGGGAUAAAACAUUCAUUUUAGUACGUAUCACAUAGGGCGAUAUGCGUUUGUGUUUGUGUACACAAAAACUAGAAAGAUGUGCAUGAGCAUGAGGAGAAUCGAUUAGUUUUUAGAGCAAAAGAGGACGUAACUUGUGAACGUAGAUAAAUUCAAUACUAAGCGACCGUU